AUGACGGCAUUCGCUCAGGAGGAGCAAAGAAAGACGGGCGGUACGGAUCUCAGGCAUGUGUCUGACGGGCUGCUGCGACAGCUGCCUGACUGGGAGGAGGUUCCCUGGGCCCCCGUCAGGUCUCAAGAGCAGACCAGGCGGGGGGGAAGCCUCAGGUUGGGCGUACGACAUCCAAGCCUAAACGCCCGCGUCUGGCAGGAGGUCAGCCUGGAAGGGCCCACGCCGGGCGUUGGCGACGGUUACGGCGAUGGCGCUGUACAGGGAAGCGGAUCUCCAUCGCCCCGCAAGGACCGCGGCCCACUCACCAGCCGGGGCACCGGCGUUGAUGUUCACUCAGACUGGCACCUUGGCGCUCCGGCUGCUCCGGCGCUGGCGGCCGCCGCACCCGGCGGCUUUACGCCCGACCCCGGGCAUCGGAAUAGCCGGGGCCGUCUGCCAUAUGCGGUUACUGAGACCGUUGGAGGCCUAGACGACGAGCGCGCCGAGGACAUUCUAUCUUCUGAUGGGAAGGUGGAUACCGCGGCGCUGAUGGCGGCGGUGGUACGGGCGCUUGCAGCGCAGGAUGGGUCGGCGGCGCUGCCUCCGACGGUGUACGGCGCUAUGCUGCAGCGCGGCAGCCACCAUACGCAGCAUUGGCAGCCCCACGAGGACUGGCCGAUGGACAGUUCACACGCCGCGGCGGCUGACGACCGGCCAUUAUUGCAUCUGGGCAAGCCACGCAUCCCGGGUUCGAACCUCAUGUCGCUCAUGAUGUCGCAAAAGCCGCCGUCAAUGCAGUUGCAGCAGCAGGCUCAGAAGACAACACCAGCUCAGCAGGCAGCCCGUUCACACUCACAGCUACAGCAGGCAAUGCAGUUGCAGCUACAUCCGCUUCCUCCCGAGGAAGUCGAUUGUCCCGUGGGGUUGUUUCACAGCGACUCCAUACGCGGUGUCAGUGGCAAGCGCACUGCGGAGGCAUCGGUAAGGGGGACGGCAUCAAGCCCCCAGCUGCGCCUCUGGCCCGGGGGCCCCGCGGCUGCAUCUGCGACGCCGAAGAAUGCACACCUGCGGGCAGACGCCGUCAAGCUCGGCUGGCAGCAGCAACAGCAGCAGCAGCAGCAUUAUCCGAGGUCAGCGGUUGAUAGGCAGUUGGAAGGGCUACGUCUUGGCCCGUGUAACAUGACGGCGGCGCCGGCGCUGCCGUACACAGCCUUCGAGGAACCGUCUGUUCGGCGAGGAGCUCAGAUACCGCCGCCACCGCCGCUGGCAUUGCGCGCGGCGGCGGCGGCGGCGCCGUCGUCAUCACCUGAAGCUGAGCCGACGGGGGUUCGUCCUCUGACCGCGGCGUUACUCAUCCCGCGCGCCUUUGUGUCUCGGAGUAUUCCCGACGCGCGGCCCGGAGACCAGAUCCCCGCCGUACUCACGGUCGACGACGGCAGCCGCGGAGUCGAGUGUGCUCGCCGCGGCGCUGGCGGUGUCAGCGCUACGGAGGCAGCCGCGGAUGCGGCCGCGGCGUCGGGGCACUACCCUGGCGCGUUGGUGGUACAGCACGACGGUAGCGGUGUACUGGCGGACCCGCUCAUUUCCGAGGCCAUAGCCGCCUACCAGGGCUGGACGACGGUGGGCUGGCGUUUGGAGCCCCUGGAUAAGAUGAGCCUUGGCGAAGUAUACUGGGUGGAAUGGAAGGUGCGGAAGGUGGCGCCGCCGCCGCCGUUGCAGCAGCUGCAGGAGGAGCAGUGGGUAGAGGAGCACGUGCGCAGCGUGCGGGGCCUGAGGCCGGCCGAUGACGACGUUGCGGUGCGUGCGCCGGAAGCUCCGGGCCCUGAGGCCGAAGAGACCUUGCUGGAAGCGCUUGCGGCUCUGGCGCGACAGCAGAGGGCCCUUCAACAGCAGCUCUCCAGGAUGCAGACGGCGCGGCGUGCUGCACAGCAUUAUCAUCAGCGGCAGGAGUUGGAAGAGGAGGAGCGCUUGCUUUGGCAGCAACAGCAGCAGAGGCAGAUGCAACAGCCGAUGAAUUGGGAGGAGGCGGAGGAGGAGGCGGCACACUCGGUGGAGGUUGGGGCAGAGGAGAAGCGGAUGCAGGCGCAAGAGCAGGCCGCCGUGCUGAAGUCUCUUCGGCAGCGACAACAUGAGUCACGAGGGCAUACGGUGCUGAUCUCGCAGCAGCCGCAGGAACAACAACAACGACAACACCACCAAGAAGAAGGGCAGGAACGACGAUCCAGCGUGGCAACUUCGUUCCAACAGCUUAAUCCCACGCGCGCAAGGCCGGGCAAGACCUUGGCGCUGACGGCCUCCGACUUCGCCGACGACAAGGUCGACGUCGGCACCACGGGUGCGGGGCUGUACGGCGCAGGCUUUGAGACGUACGACGCCGAGGACAUGCCGCGGGUUCCCGGCGCUGCCCAUUCCGCCGGACCGCGCAGCAAAGGCCGUCGAAGAGGGCCCUCACUCCCAAGACAAGAGGGGACUGCUACCGAGGCCCCUACCUUCGCUUCCCGGACGACUAGGAUUGAAGAACGUUAUGUGGUCUCCCCCCAGGACCCCCUGCUGCCGCCGUCACCAACCCAACUGGCAAACCAGGUCCAGCCCCGCCAGCAGCAGCAGCAACUGCUGCAGCUGAAAGCGGAGGUAGGGGAAGACAGACCUCUUGACCGGCUGCUGGAUGCCUCACCAGCACCCUCAUCGACGACAGCCUCCCGCCCUUCUCCGGAGCAGGAGGAGGAGGAGCCCUCACCCGCCCUAUCCCCGUCGUUGGAGGAAUGCGCCAAGGCGCGUAUGCCGCAGCAGCCCAGUCAUGCACUGCCUGCUGCCAUCAUGGCUAUUGCCACGACCACCGCCGCCAAAGCAGAACAGUCCUCGCCGUCGCACCCACCUGGCGAGGAUGGCAACGGCGCUACAGCAGGAGAGGAGAUCGGUGCUAAUGCUGCUGCUGCUGCGGCGGCGGCGGCGGCAUCCGCAGCUUGCAAAGACCAGGACGCUGGGGCGGCGCUUCGUAGCCAUGCGCAGGAAGGGGGAAAUGCGGACGUCGUCGCGCCGGCAGCUGGGGCAGCUGGGGCGGGAGCUCCCACUACCACCACCACUACCAGCAGCGCUGCGGCCGCUGGCGGCGGCAGCGGCGGCGUAGACCUGGCUGCAUCUGACCCUGUGGUCGCUCGCUCCGCUCCCCGCCAAAUGAGCCGCUACUUGACGUCCGGGGAGAUCCGCACGCUGUUUACGGAGCGCGACAGCAGGGUGCUGUGCAACCCGCCUUGUGGGCUGCUGCUGCUGAUGCAGAUGUUCUUGGAUGGUCAGGCGCUGGGGCCGCCGCAGGAGGCGCAGCUGUGCAGGUACAACAGCAGCUCGCCUCGCUACCUCACCAGCGUACCUGCUCAAGAGCUCACCUCGCCGCCCAUACCAUGGAAGCGCCUGGCGGACACCACCAUUCACUUCCGCCGCUGCCGCUCCGGACUACUACAGCUGUGGGCCACGCGGGGGCGGCCGUACGGCGGCAGUAGCGGCAGUGUCCGCGGUGGCCUUGGCGAUGCGGAUGAAGGCGUACUACAGCUCACUGCCAAGGACGCCGCAGCGAUGCCCAAGCUCGCGUCGUUCAAGCCAGCGGGGCUCCGCCGCGCCGCGUGGCUUGCCGCCAGCGGCGGGCCCAGCGGCGGCGGCUGUGCCGCCGCCGCCAGCGAUGGAUGCGACGGCGAUGGGGACGGUCAGGACGGCUGCGGUGAUGAAGGCCACGUCGAUGCGGCGGCAGAGCUGGCGCAACCACCGCCGCAGCGCUGGGGCUCCGCUGUUGCGGAUGCGACCCAUGGGUCGGGACUCCACUCACCUACGAUCGGGACUGAGAGCAUCGGAGCCGGGCGCUCCACCGACACCGCGGCGGAGCCGAAUUGCUCACGGUUUGCCGGCGGCGCUGUUACGAGCCGCGGCGGAAGCGGUAAUGUCGCAGUAGCAGUGGUACUGGCGGAAGCAGCAGCGCACGCGACAGAUCCGAGGGGCUUCCGGGGGCCUCUCCCGAACACGGCCAACGCGGACUCCCAAGACCAGGCCGUUGCCUUGGAUUCCCUGCCCGGCUUGAACAUUAACAACCUCCCCAACAGUCUUAACGAGCUCAACUGGGUUGGCCCGAACUAUGAAACUCUGCCCGGCGAGCUGCGCGCCGUCGACCGUGGCGGCGGCGGCGCCGCCGCGGCCGCGGAGCGGCAGCGUGGCAGCGGCGGCGGGAAUGGUAGCGAGGAGCGCGCGGCGGCGACUGAGGCGCCGUACUGUAUGGAUGUGCUGGUGGCAUGCCCUCCUCGAUCAUUGUCUCGCUACGUGACGAAGGCGGAGUUGGAGUUACUGGUGGGGCCGGAGGUGUACGACCAGCUAUGUAGCGGCAACAAGCUGGCCGGUGUGCGUGUCAUGUUCGAGGUCAACGGGCGGCGUCUCCCAGAGGUAUUCGUUGCGGACAUUGAGCGUUACAACGCCAGCUCGCCCUUCUACCUGAAGGCCUCCAGCGGUCGGGGAGUGGACGGACUGCCCUGGCGCAGUGUGCCCCCCAACGCGACAGUGCAGUGGAGGAGGAUGGCGGACAACACGCUGGUGCUGGCGCAGGUCUCAAAUCCGGCGGGCAUAGCCCGUCGGGACAGCAACGGCAGGGAUGUCGUACCAUCGCGUGCCGGCAGCUACCAGCAGCACCGUGACGCUGUACGGCACGGUGGUGCCAGGCGGCGCGGCGGCGGCGGCGGCGGCGAGCGCAGCUACCGCAGCAAGUGGUCCCUAGAGGAGGACACGUGUACGGAGGACGAUACCUCGGACUUUAAGUACGGCAGCGGACACUCGGACACUGAUACGCCGGCAGCUCGGAACAAGCGGCGGCGACCGCGGCGGCGCAGUCCAGCAGUAGCAGCAGCAGCACCACCACCACCACCACCACCAUCAGCAGCGUCGUGGGGCAACCCGCAGGUCGAUGGCGCCGACAAGCCUACUUCGUGUCACAUGACGUUGGAGGCGCUGGCGGGGGUCGCGGGUCAAGCGCUACUGGAGGAGAGGGCAGCGGCGGCAGAGGCGGCGGUGGGGAAAGGCGCAGUGGGGGCUCGGAGGCAGAAGCGCACCCGUACCGCCUUCGAGCAGCAGUUCGGCGGACCGGAUGACGUGCAGCGCCGACAGGACACCGCGCAUGGGAACAGCGCCACCGCUGGUGGCAUUGCCGGCCGUACGUUUGCACAGCCGCCGCCGCUGGCGGCGGCGGCCGCCGCUGGAGGCAGCCUGGGGGUGCUCGUGUGUCCUUCGCCACCACACCACCACCAGCACGGCACCGGGGCAAUGGGCUCCAGCUCCUUCAUUUCCCGCAUCGUCGCCACCAAUUUGUACAUCGGCCGUCGGCAGCUGCAGGCGUUGUACGGCCCCGGAUUCAAAUCGGAUACCAAAUCGGAUAUGCAGCUGUCGCUCAACGGCACGCUCAUGUCCGAGAUGUACCACGUGCAGUGGAAGGAGGGCUGCCACAAGGGCUCCUUCUACCCCAAAGGAGCGCCGCUGGGCCAGCUUCGAGGUCGCUUCCUGCAGGGCAUCUAUUGGCUGGACGAGCCAGGCAACCUGCUGGUGGCGGUAGCGUGGGACCAGCCGCCGGCCGACUGGUCCAUGCGACGCGGGAGGAUGGCAACCACGGAGAAUUUCGGAGCCGCCGCCGCCGCCGCCGCCGCCGCCGGCUCCGGUCCCGGUCCCGGCAAGCCGCGCCGCUGGCUGUGGCAACGUGAGGCGGAGCGGGUGGGAAAGGCCUCCGUAGACGCCACAGCCCGGGAGGCGGCGCCUGCGCGUCCUACUUUUGGCGGGCCCGCCAGUUUGGAUUUUGGCCAGCUGCAAUGCACCACUGGCGACCGCAGCGGCGACGCUGAGCGAGGCAGCGCAGAUACCAAAGUCGGGGGAUGUACAUCCCUGGCAAUGACUGCCCAUCCCAUAAAUGUGGAGGAUGUGGGAGACCAGAUGCGUAGUUGCCGUCCGGACGUAGAGACUGAUGCUGAUGUGCCGGCGGCGGCGGCGGCGGCGGCGGCAGGGCCUGGAGCGGUAGAGCAGGUCCGGUCAGGCUCUGAAGCUGCGGGAGGGCCCGGCGUGGCGCCUGGAACUGCCGGGGCCUCCGCCCUGUGUGACGGCAGCCUCCUCCGCCUCCUCCGAGCUGCACGGUGCGAGCCCGGAUCCGCCGCGGACGGGGCCUUGGAUGACGCGAGUGCGGAGAGGAGGCCUGAGGCGCGCUCCCACUUGGGGCCCGGUGCCCUCCCUGCAGCUGAGGAGGAUCGCAGCCAGGAGAAGCUGUCGAAGAUCGGCCGUGACAGCGGUGACGAAAUGGUGGGGGUUGUAAGCCGGGCCGACGAAGACUCCCUAAAUUUGGCACAGCACCAGCACCAGCACCAGCACCAGCAGAAGGACUUGCCCGCUCAGCACGCCGGCGCUGCACGCGACUAUACUCUGGACAGGCUUGGAAGCGGGGCAGAGGUUGCGGCCCAACCGCAGGUCGCAGAGUCGGCUCCGGCGCCGACGGCAGCGGCGUCUACCGAUGGCGGUGGUGUAGUGGCAGAUGACGGUGCCGCUACCGCACCGCCGUACAACGCCAACAGGGCCAACAGCGGCGUCGGCGCCAAGCGGUGUCGAGAGGAUCCGGCAGCUCCCGCGAGCUCUUCCUCCGUUAGUCCGCCGGCACCGGAGAAGGAUGAUGAGCGCGAGGACGCGGAGACCUGGGCCGCAAAGAAGUCGCGUGGAGUGGUCCCGGAGGCCACCGUCUGGGGAUUUGAACACCAACAGCCGCGAGAAAGUCCUGGCGACAGGUUGCCGCUAAGCAUCAAACAAACGGUACCGUUGCCCCAUCAGCAGCAGCAGCCGCAGCAGCCGCAGCGGCAGCUCAACCUCCGCGGCGGAGUUGAUCAGGGCGUGUGUACGGCAUCGGCUGAUGCUGCCGGCGGCUGCCGUGGCUGGAAGAAACCCUGGCUCAGGCGCCGUAUUGCUGCAGCCGCUGCCGCCACGGCGGCUACUACUUCCGACAGUGGCGGCAACGGCGGCUGCGGUGACGCGGGCUUCUGCAGCCAGGGGACGUCCUGCGGGGGUUGCAGCACAGACGACUGCCCAGGCGUCCAUCUGGGGCAGGUGUUGACAGCGCAGUCCCAUCCCGGGCACUGCAGCGGCGAGAUAGCGGCUGUAGCACACGGCCAAAGUGGAACCGAAACGACUGGGCGACUGCCCGGCAUGUCGGUGCUACAGCUGGCGUGUAAUGGUGGAGUGCAAGGCGGCGGCGGCGGCGGCAGCUGCGGUCUGGACUCUGAAGGAGCCUGCCAACAGCGGGACGUGGAGCCACGUGGCAAGGACGAGCAGUACGAGGUGAGGGCCGCUGGGUUUGAGGAGGUCGUAGGACACCUUCAACCGGGGGCAUCGCCGGCGGCGCUGGUCAUGGCAGUGUGUCAGUCGCAGCGUCGGGAGCUGCGUGGCGCCGGUGACGGCGACAAUGCCGCAGCUGCAGAGGCCGCGGUCGCGAUCGCUGGCGGCGACUGCGGCGGAGACAGUGACGGUGCUGCUGCGGGAGAAGCCGCCGCCGCCGUCAACACCUCCGGUGAACUGGACGCCGCCGUCGCCGCCGAAGCCACUGACGAGCUGGUAAUUCGUACGAUACCUUGGAUCAGCAUGCACUUGGCUCACAAGUGGUACCCCGAUGCCGUCUUCUCCUCGGAGCAGCCGCCAUAUCAUGUACAGGUCGCGAUUGAACUGGACGGUCAGCUGCGGCAGGAGAGGUUCCCGGCGCAGCUCAAGUCCUACCCCUUCAACAAUUCCGUGUUCCUGCCCGGGCUGCCAAUGAAGGUGGUCAAGGGCCUUAUCCGGACCGGCUGGCGCAAGCUGCACGACCAGACGUUGGUGCUCAUGGUGCGCAGCCCCUCAGACCAGGAGGCGCAGAAGGAGGCACUUGCUAGCGGAGGGCAGGAUGCCCACCGGGACACAACAUGA